CAUGCCUAAUGACACAUUUUUAAAGAUAUUAAAAAAGGGGCCUUUCCCAUUCCCUUUAGCAAAGACUCUGUCAGGCUAUCUAAUUAAAGUCUUAGGAACUCUUCAUACUGCUGGAAUUGCUCAUUGUGACAUAAAGCCAGAAAAUAUUUUGAUUGCCGCUGAUUAUAAUCUCAAAUUGUGUGAUUUUGGGUUUGCGAGACUCUCAAAUUCUAACUUAAGGCCUGCUGGAGGAACUCCUGGAUACACAGCACCAGAAUUAUACAUCAAUGAAACAAUGAAUUUUUUUAAAUGUGAUAUUUUUGCUUUGGGUGUAGUAUUGUUUAUAAUAGCAAUGGGAUUCCCUCCAUUUUAAACAAACGAUCCCAAUGCAAGAGAUGGGUGGUGGGCGUUAAUCUAUAACAAAUAAUAUGAUUUGUUCUGGAGUAAAUGCGAAAGUUUUAGAUAGCAACAAUUUCCUAUUGAAUUUAAGACUUUGAUAAUGUCGAUGUUAGAAAGCGACCCAAAUAAGAGGAUAUCGUUGGAUAAAUUGGUAGAGCAUGAAUUCUUAACGGGGGGAGCUACUGAGGAAGAAGUAUUGGUGGAGAUCGAGAAAAGAGUGAAGGAAUAAUUAUGA